CUUUAAUAUGUUCGAUCACCCCAUCCCUCGGGUUUUCCAGAACCGCUUCUCCACCCAGUACCGCUGCUUCUCGGUAUCCAUGCUUGCUGGACCUAAUGACAGGUCAGAUGUGGAGAAAGGCGGGAAGAUAAUUAUGCCACCAUCGGCUUUGGAUCAACUCAGCCGACUUAAUAUUACUUACCCGAUGCUGUUUAAGCUGACCAAUAAAAAUUCAGACCGAAUGACGCACUGUGGCGUGCUCGAAUUUGUGGCUGAUGAGGGCAUAUGUUACCUUCCACACUGGAUGAUGCAGAACUUGCUGCUGGAAGAGGGAGGCCUGGUGCAAGUGGAGAGUGUUAACCUUCAAGUCGCUACUUACUCAAAGUUUCAGCCGCAGAGUCCGGAUUUUCUUGACAUCACCAAUCCCAAAGCUGUAUUAGAAAAUGCAUUGAGAAACUUUGCUUGUCUAACUACUGGGGACGUUAUUGCCAUCAACUACAAUGAAAAGAUCUAUGAGCUUCGGGUGAUGGAGACCAAACCAGAUAAGGCCGUGUCCAUCAUAGAAUGCGAUAUGAAUGUGGAUUUUGAUGCUCCUUUGGGGUACAAAGAACCAGAAAGAAGUGCACAGCAUGAAGAGACCACGGACGUUGAAGCAGACCACAGUGGAUACGUGAGUGACAUAGGAUUUCGUGCAUUCUCUGGUUCUGGGAACAGACUGGAUGGCAAGAAGAAAGGCGUUGAGCCUAGUCCAUCGCCGAUUAAGCCCGGAGACAUCCGAAGAGGAAUACCCAACUAUGACUUCAAGAUCGGUAGAAUCACGUUCAUUAGAAACUCACGCCCACUAGUUAAGAAAGUCGAAGAGCAGAGAGGUGACCACCUUUUUUCACUCUUAGAAUCCGGAAGCCGGUUCGUUGCCUUUUCAGGAGAAGGCCAGUCCCUGCGCAAAAAGGGAAGAAAGCCCUAA